CCUCCUCCUUCCUUUCUUGCUUCCCUCCCUCCUCCUCCUCCUCCGCCGCCCCUACAGCAGCAGCAGCAGCAGCAGCGGCAGCAACACACCACCACCACCACCGCGCCACCGCCGCUUUGUCGACUCGGAUCUGCCGUGAGCCGGACAUGAAUUCGGCGGAACAAACGGUGACAUGGCUGAUUACGCUCGGGGUGCUCGAGUCGCCAAAGAAGACCAUCUCAGAUCCCGAGGCUUUCCUGCAGAGCUCCCUCAAGGAUGGCGUGGUCCUGUGCAGGCUGCUGGAGCGCCUCAGCCCCGGAUCCACGGAGAAAAUCUACCAGGAGCCGAAGAACGACGGCGAGUGUCUGAGCAACAUAAAGGAGUUUGCCAAGGGCUGUACAUCUUUCCGUGUCGAGCCGUUUGAGGCCAGUGACCUACUGCUGGGCCUGAACUUCUCAAAGGUGCUGAGCAGUCUGGUUGCUCUGAAUAAAGCGACAGCAGAUAUUGGCGUGGGUAGUGAUUCAGUGUGCGCCCGACACUCUUCAGCCCACCGCAUCAAGUCCUUUGAGUCAUUGGCCUCUCAGGCUUCACUGGGUCGAUCCUCCAAGCUGCUGCAGAGCCAGUUUCGCAGUCUGGACAUGUCAGAGAACAGCGGACAGCAUCUGCUGGUGAAAGCGCGCUUUAACUUUCAGCAAACCAACGAGGAUGAGCUCACCUUCAGUAAGGGUGAUAUCAUUGGCGUGACCCGUCAGGAGGACGGGGGCUGGUGGGAGGGGACUCUCAACGGCAGGACGGGAUGGUUUCCCAGCAACUAUGUCCGUGAACUCAAAGGCUCUGACAAACAAGUGUCCCCACGGUCUGGUACACUUAAAAGUCCACCUAAAGGCUUUGACACAUCUGCAAUUAGCAAGACAUACUACAACUUGGUGUUGCAAAACAUUUUAGAAACUGAGACAGAAUAUUCCAAGGACCUUCAAAGCCUCCUCACAAACUACCUGCGUCAUCUCCAGGGCUUUGAGAAGUUGAGCGGAGCAGAUGUGUCUCUUAUCCUGGGCAACCUGGAGGAAAUCAGCACCUUUCAGCAGAUGCUAGUCCAGUCACUGGAGGAAUGCACCAAGCUGCCAGAGAGUCAACAAAGAGUGGGAGGCUUCUUCAUCAACCUUAUGCCCCAAAUGAAGGCUCUUUAUAUGGGUUAUUGCUCCAACCAUCCCUGUGCGGUGAAUGUACUCACACAACACAGGGAGGUGUUGGGAGAGUUCAUGGAGGGUAGGGGUGCUGUCAGCCCUGGGAUCCUCACCCUGACCACUGGCCUCAGUAAAUCCUUCAUGAGGUUGGAUAAAUACCCCACCCUGCUCAAAGAGCUGGAGAGGCAUAUGGAGGAGAGCCACCCGGACAGAGGUGACAUUCAGAAGUGCAUGGCUUCUUUCAAAAAUCUGUCGGCACAGUGCCAGGAGGUGCGGAAGCGUAAGGAGCUGGAGCUGCAGAUACUGACUGAAUCCAUUCGGCUGUGGGAGGGCGAUGAUAUCAAAACCCUUGGCUCUGUGCUGUACAUGAGCCAGGUCCUGGUGCUCAGUCCUGGGGCAGAGGAGAAGAGUGAGCGUUACCUCAUGCUCUUCCCCCACGUCCUUCUCAUGUUGUCGGCCAGCCCCAGAAUGAGCGGUUUCAUAUUCCAGGGAAAAUUGCCUCUGGCCAGCAUGUCAGUGAGCAAGCUUGAAGACUGUGAAGCCCACAAGAAUGCCUUUGAGCUCAGCGGUCCCAUGUUCGACCAUCUUCAAGUGGCGUGCACCAAUCAGCAGGAUCUGCAAGACUGGGUGGAGCAUCUAACACGACAGAUCAAGCACACUGCAGCCACAGCACCAAGCCACAAACCUCUCACUGUGCCCUGCCACACUCUUCCCUCCCACCCCGUCACCCCGUCCCGACACGCCGAGGGAAGAGCCAUGACCGUGGCCCCCACCUACCACACUCUCCCUCAUCCCUCCUCCCACGGAACGUCUCACAGCACGAUGAUGUGGGGUCCGCUGGAACCCCCCAACACCCCCAAACCCUGGAGCCUGAGCUGCCUGCGGCCCGCACCUCCACUACGACCCUCUGCCGCCCUUUGCUACAAGGAGGAUCUCAGUAAAAGUCCCAAGAGUGUGAAGAAACUUCUUCCCAAGCGCAAGCCGGAGAGGAAACAGUCUGAGGAAGAGUUUGCCUUGAGGAAGAGCACUGCUGCUCUGGAAGAAGACGCUCAAAUCCUAAAAGUCAUAGAGGCCUACUGCACCAGCGCCAAAACCAGGCAGACGCUCAACUCCACAUGGCAGGGCACCGACUUGAUGCACAACCACGUGCUGGCCGAUGCCGAUCGGCCCUGCGCCGACUCGCCGGGCCGUCGUAGCAGUGUGUCGCGGCCAGAGUUGUCCUCCGACCUUUCGGAAGACUCUGACUACGACUCCAUUUGGACCAGCCACUCUUACCGGAUGGGUUCGGUGCCACGCAAGAGCUGCAUCUCGCACCAGAACUAAAAAGAACGCUCGGUUGCUGCCACCCAGCGCGCUUUGCUUACCUCUUUUUAUCGUCGAUGUUUUACAAUUUAUUUAUUUUCUAUUGUUAACUUAUUUUAUUUAUUUUAGUUUGACAGGAUGUUUUUAACGCAUCUCCCUGUUGCCUUUGCCACUUUCCCUUUUCUAUGUGCCUCCUCUCUCUUUCUGUAGCUGUCAUGCAGUAAGUGUUUGCUAAUUCCUGUUUGUUUAUCUUGAAUGUGACCCCAUGUUUGACCACAAACAUGAGGGAACUCUCUUUUAGCCCGUAGAGCGAGAGAAAGAGCGAUGUCGGUGGGAUAAAAGGAGGUGGCCACUCAACUUUUUCUGUCUGAUAUUCAGAUGCAAUUCAGGAACGAGUGUAUUCAGUCUGAUGGUGUGCGGUUCGGAGGCCGGUAGUGGUUUGAGAGUGCGUAUGCUCCAAUAUAGCACAGAUGCUAAUCAAUUUCUGCCAUAUACUGUAUGUCCCUGAUGCCACACAAUACAGCAACAUGACAUGUUAAUGCUAGUACACUUAGUGGCUUUAAUUUAUAAUAUUCAGCUAAUAAACAUUCCAAAAAUGUUCAGGUUAGUCAUCCAUUUCAAUGUAAAAUCCUUAAAAUCCGGUUACAACGAGUGCUUGGACAAUAUACAAACAUAGAAUUGAAGCAUAUAACAAAUUGCAGUGGAAAACAAUGCCUUUGUGUAGUACAAUUGAUCUCAUAUUUCAAUUAUAGUUUGACAUUUUGGGAAACAGACAUACUUGCUUCCAACAUUGAACAAGAUGGUAAAUACUGUAAUAGCAGUUGUUUUAUAUAUGGCGUAAUAUACAUUUGCAAGUAAGCUGUAUUAAAAGCAAUUUACAUUGCAAUUGGAAUGGCAAACGCUUUUGAAUAUGAUUAAUUAAACAAACAACAUAAUGAACAAAAAGGCAAAAAACAAUAGAAAUACUACCACUACCACUAAUGUUAGCAAUCAUAGUUCUCAUAACAACAGUAUGACUGCAAAAUAUUGUUGUGCCGUUUGUGUUACGGGCACAACACAGCUAUCUUAUUCGGGUCAAUGACUUUUAUUGUAUUUAAUUUGGAACUGUGAAAAAUAUUGACAAUUGUUUUUCCCCACAGUCAGUACUUUAAACCACCAAUGGUAAUGUAUGCUGACCUUUUUUUUUUGUUUAGUUUAAAAAAGAUACUUUUAAGCUAGUUACAAGCAGUCCCUUUUUAAUCAUAAUAAAAUCCAACAUCAGUGUGAGUGUGAGUUUGAUUAAUUAGAUCAACCAAACAUCACAUGGAAUAUGGUGUAUAAAUAUAAUAUAUGAAAUUAUAUUGUGCAUAUAAUUAAUAUUUGUAAUACAAAUAUCUAUAUAAAAUAAUGGGGCUGUCAAAUAGUGUCAAAUAUUUCUUAGUUCUAGUCCAUUCGUCAUUGCAACAACACUUCCUCAUGGUGACUAAAAAAGAUAAUUUGCUGCAUUUAAGUAUCCCAGAGUCCCAGAAAACUUAAAUUGAAUUCAACUUAUACGUAGUGUACCCCUCAAAAACAAAACCCCUCAAAAACAGUAAAAAUUGGCAUAUUUCAGAUGUAACGCUGCUUAUUAUGAUUAAUUCAUUUAAGUAUUUUAAUCAUUUGACAGCCCUAAUAUAUCAUGAUUUAUUAUGGCGAAUGUUUUUUUUCUGUCAAUGACGCUAAAAAGUGGCAAAAGAUUUGUUCAGUGAUAAAUGUGCCCUAUUUGUAUUAUAUUUUUUCUAUUAUCUAUUAUUGAAUAGUUUUAAUAUUUUUUUCAUGUGGGUAACAAAGAUGUUCAAAAUCAUUUGUUAUUUUUGAUUUAAUUUGAAUGUUCGAGAUCAUGCUGCAAGUUACCGGAAUCCCUUUAGAAUGCUGGAAAAGAUUGCAUCCCCUCAAAGUUGUAUGGCAUGGGAUAUUUAUUUAUUCAUUCAUUCAUUCAUAAAUAUGCUGGAGCCUAUCCCAGCUGUCGGACUGAUUGCCAGCCAAUCGCAAGGCACAUAUAGACAAACAACCAUUCACACUCACAUUCAUACCGAUGGACAAUUUGGAGUCGCCAAUUAACCUAGCAUGUUUUUGGAAUGUGGGAGGAAACCGGAGUUGGGAUAUUAAUUAUUUCCUUAAUAUGUUAAAAGAAUCGUAGCUACUUCUAACUAAAAACGGUCUGAAUAACUUUGGGCACUGCUGUACUUAUAAAGGCCUCCAACUGCAUGUUGAAGUGCAAAAUUGUGAAUACAAAUCCUGCGAUGGAACUAGUACAUUUCCCAAAAUGUCCAAACAAUACCAGUAACUUUUAAAGUGUGGUAGUUUGAUUAGGUCAGCUUGAAUUAUAAAAAAAAAGAAGAAAAAGAAAUGGAUGUUCAGAGCCUGUUGUUUUUAGCCUCAUUUAAAAAAAGUCAGGCAUGCCUCUGUGUUGUCGGCUUGUGUCACUAUUUUCAUGAAGAAGUAUUUUUCCAGUGUUGGUAUUUAAAAAAAAAAAAAUCCGGGUUGGCAUCUACCGUAUGUAGUAGCCGUAUAUAAAGGUCCAUUUGUUUUGGUCUUAUUUAUUAUUUUAUAAACUGUUUAAUUUAAUUUGAUUUGUAUGUCAAUGUUUACAAAAGAAACUCUUGAAGAAUGAUGUUUUUUUUAAAUUUUUAUUUCUUUGGACAGUGUUUUAAAUUAUUUUGCACAAUCAUGUAACAGGACAGUGGGUGGAGCAAGAAUGUGUCAAUAUAUGCUGUACAUUUUUAUUUUUUUUCUGGUCUACUUAGUGUGUAUGAUAUAGUCCUUUUUGAAGGGAGACUUAAAUAUUUAAUGUUCCUGUAAAGUACAUGUGGUUGAAAUGCCUCUUCCCUUAGUGUUAAGUACAAGCAUUGAAGGGCCACAAAAAAGAUUUCAAACUUUUAUGUAUGAACUUCAAAUCUCAGAGCACAUAUUCCCUUUCUGUAAAUACUAGUCAUGAAUUAGCUUAAGGAGGGAAGGGAAAAGAUUCAUUCAAUGAGUAUUUCUGCCACAGUGGAACCUCCAAAGUCAAACUAACCAGUAAAGUUAGAAGUUAACCAUGAUGCAUUGAAAUGAAAUAAACAAAGUAACCACUCAAGGCUUUGGAGAUGCCUGACAGACAUAAUGGGGAGGGAACAGGAAGUUGAUGCCCAACUCUGCUAAACCCUGAGGACUUCCAUUUGUUGUUUUUGUUUUGAACUUAAACACAAAAAAUGCAUGUUUUGCGAAUAAUUAAUUAAUCUGUAACCUUUUAACCUGUCUAAGCAAUUAUUUAAGUAACAUCAGAAGAUGUAUAUUGAAAUUGAAUAAAACCCAAAUAGACACAGUAUAUGUAAUGGUGAGGGAACAGGAAGAUGUCACCCAUUUGGAUUCAUUAAUAAGUAUUCUUCUCAAUUCUUUUUCCAGACCAUAGUUUCUGACAGUUUGGACUGCUCACUUGCAGUCGUCUUCAGAGUGGUCAUGUGACAUGUCCUGUCUUGAACUGUCACCUAAGAAAAACUAACUCUGGUCUGAAAAAAAGAAUUGUUUGGACUAUAUCAUGAAAUGAACUUCAUGGGAUUAAUAAGUGUUCAUUUGUGCAUGUAAUCAAUAUAUUGGCUGUAGUUCCCUAACUUUGACACAGAAAAGUUCCUGUUCUGUGGUGAUCAUCACACUUUUCUUCAUUGCCAGUAAUGAUGGUGGCGUCACAGGCCAAGCCAAAUAAAUCGCAAAUUUUAGGCAGCAAAAGUUGGGUUGAACCCCAAAUCCGUUGGACUUUGUAGGUUCCUACCGUUGUAAAGACUAUAACUGUCCUGUAUCGUGCUCUACUUUGUGACAGUUUGUGACCAUGGAGUCAACAUUUCGGGACAUGCAGGGUUGACAAGCUGUCUUGAACCGUCAUUGUACUUUUUGACGUGCGCUCUGUUCACACGUGACUCAUGUCUCUCUCUUAACUCACAAACAAAACUAACGACGCCUUCCAGGGGUCCACUGUGGGACUGGUUCUCAGUCCCAAAAAUGGCUGUAUUAUGAGUUUGGAAUAAAUAUCUCAUUUGCUAGAUGUUUUGGGGUCCUGGUUUUUACUUUGAAAGGAACAUUUCCUCUAUCCUUUCCCUAUUUUUUCCCCACUUUCUUUUUCUCCCACAUCCCGCGCUUCACUAUCA